GGCGUGUGACGCGGUCGGGUUAGGUUUCGCUUUCGGGUAUUUUAAAUGCGUUUCGCGCACGUUGCGUAGGACGCGUGUGUCGACGGAUUUAAUGGAAGAUUCCGCCGUUUUGACGUCGCCACGUUAAGUAAAUGAUUUACGUAGGCACCGGUCGAAGAAAACGCGCGAGACGUCUAUUUUUAAAACUGCGAACAUUGACGUAAUACCGAGAUCGUUUCGUCGCCUACCGCGAUGGAGCACGGAUCGUGCGAGAUCUCGUCGGAACUGUACUCCGAAAACGACUACAAAUGCGACGCCGGACCGACGGUGAACCAAAAAAACGUGGUGUCUCGUUUUCGCUUCUCUUUGCCCCCGGAGUCCGUCGUCGACUCGGACGGCGACCUGGUGGUGCCCAGGAAACACUCUAAACCGACCGAAACCUUUAUCGAUUUGGAACACAGCCAGAGUACCAACCUAGACUUGGUCGGGUUGCAAGUGUGGCGGGGCUCACUUUUACUAGCCGAUUGGCUACUUUGUCACUCCUCCUCCCUGCCGGAGGACGAUUACGUGCUGGAAUUGGCGGGAGGAGUGGGACUCGCGACCAUAGUGACAUCUAUGUUCCGACCGGUGAUAUGCACAGACGUCAACAGGGGCGAAAUUUUCGACGUGAUCCGGGCAAACUGCGCGAGAAACAACCACCUUACCGCGCGGCCCGUCGAAGUGAUUGAGCUCGACUUCCAGGAGGCCAUUUUGCCGUCCAAAAUAACGUCUCUGUUGCCGAAAGUGUCCACGAUCGUCGCCGCGGACGUGAUCUACGACGACACCUUGACGGACGCUUUCGUCGAAACCCUGGGGAAGCUGCUCGCCGUGCCGCCGAAACGUCGGGCGUACGUUGCCUUGGAGAAGCGUUACGUCUUUACCGUGGCCGACCGCGAUUGCGUGGCGCCCUGUUACGAUUAUUUUCUAGGUCGGCUCGACAAGUUGGAAAACGUCAUCGCAGAGCAAGUGGAAAUAGAUUUCCCGCAAUAUUUUCGCUACGACAGGGUGAAGGAGCUGGUCUUGUGGCGGAUAUCGUCGAAAUUUUGAUUUGAUAAUAAAAAUACU